UUUCAGUCCCACUGCAGCUGUCCCUCCAUCCGCUCUCCUGAGAAACAGACACUGCAGUGCAGCUGCGGGCCUCUGGCAGGGCCCGGGCACUGAUGCCUUUAACAAACGGCCACACAUUUCAUUUUAUGAGCCUCCUACUGCCAGGGCAUUGUCAGAGUUCAUUAAAGCCCACACUGAAGCCAUAUCCACAGGAUGUGACAUCAUAGUCUUUUGUGGCUUCUGUCUUCAAUCGCCUUUCCAAUGAAUUGCAAUGUAUACCUCUGAUUUAAACAGCUGGAUUAAUAGUUUUAUUUACUAUUAAAACUGUCAUUUUAGCCCUCUGGCUUAAAUCAUGUGUUUCUUACGCAAAUUAGUAAGGGGAGUGAAUCUGUCUCUCAGGUGGACAAGUUCACCAUCGAAGCGGUGGACCUGGGCCAGGUCUUCAAGAUAAAGAUUCGCCAUGACAACACCAUGAUCAGCCCGGACUGGUACCUGGACCAGGUGGAGGUGAUCGACGUGGACACUGAGGAGGUCUACCUGUUCCUGUGUGAACGCUGGCUGUCCAAAAAGAAGGAGGACAGACACAUUGAGCGCUUCUUCUACGUUAAGGGGUAUGAGGGAGAGAGAGAGAGUCUUCACAGCUCAAAGAAGAAUCUGAAGGGUUCAUCGAUGAGCAUGAAGAGUCUGGACAGCAACAUGAACAAGAAGAAUAAGAAGAAGAAGGAUGAAGAGGACAUUGAUGAAGGGCCUCUUAUCCCUUACCACUUCACUAUCGCCACCGGGGUGGAGCGUGAUGCCAGCACCACGAGCCGUGUCUACGUCAUCAUCAUGGGGGCGGAUCAGCUCGAGACCGCCAGGCUUUGGCUGGACCUACCAGAUGAGAAGAAGUGUUUUGCUGCUGGCUCCCUUGAGAAGUUUGAGGUGUAUGGCCUUGAUGUUGGGGAGAUCAAGAAAGUUGAGCUGGGGCAUGAUGGUGCCACACCAGAGAGCUGCUGGCUGGUGGAUGAGCUGGCUGUUGCUGUGCCAACCAAAGGGGUCAUGUACGUCUUCCAGUGCAAGUGCUGGUUGGCCAAAGACAGGGGGGACGGGCUGACAGCGCGGGUCUUCAAUGUGCUGGAUGCAGACAGCGUCACCAUUGCCCAAAAGGUUAUCUAUCAGGCCACAGUUGUCACAGGUGAUGUUCAGAACGCAGGUACAGAUACCAAUAUCUACCUGUCCCUGUUUGGAGCCAAUGGGAGCACAGAGGAAAUCCUUCUGCAGAAGAAUGAUGACAGGUUUGAGAGAGGCCAAGAGGACACCUUCAAUCUGGAGAUCGAUGACAUCGCUCCGCUGAAAAAGAUGAGGAUUCGCAUUGAUGGGACUGGAAGCCGCCCUGAUUGGUUCCUUGACCAGAUCUUCUUGCGGAAUCUGACCACAGAGGAGGUGGCCGUGUUCACUUAUGAAGACUGGCUGUCCAAGACCAAAGGGCCCAAACGCACCCUGAUCUGUGAGAUGGCCGCUGUGGUGGAUGAUGAGGAAAUGGUGGAGAGAACAACCUAUAUCAUUCAGGUCAAGACCAGCGAUGUCACAGCGGCUGGCACGGACGCCAACGUGUUCCUCAUCGUUUUCGGGGAGAACGGCGACACAGGCACCCUGGUGCUGAAGGAGUGCAACAACACCAACAAGUUUGAGCGGAAGCAGACGGACGUAUUCCGCUUCCCGGAUGUCCUGAGCCUGGGGGACCUGUCCAAAGUGCGCGUGUGGCACGACAACACAGGGCCAGGCCCAGGCUGGCACUUGGAGCAUGUGGAUGUGAAAGAUGAAGUGCUGGACCAGACCUUCCGCUUCCCCUGCGACCGCUGGCUGGCCAAGAACGAGGACGACGGUCAGAUCAUGCGGGAGCUGCCCUGUGCCAACAACGACUUCCUGGACCUCAGCGAAAAGACCAAAUAUGAAAUAGUCGUCACAACAGCUGACAUGGAUGACGCAGAGACCAAGGAAAAUGUGUGGAUUGCACUUGAGGGGAAAAAGGGACGUUCAAAGGAAUUUGUAAUGGAAAAUUCAUCCAAGAAAAAGCGGUUCUUAAGGGGCAGUACUGAUAAAUUUGAGUUUUCCUCUAAAACCUUGGGUGAUAUUGCGGGCAUCUGCCUUGGACACACUCCAAAGGAUGGUAAAAAGGUGAAGAGUGAAGCCCACUGGCAUGUAGAGGGGGUCGUCAUCACAGAGAAAGAGCUGGGAAACAAGUAUAUUUUCCAGUGCAACGCUCUGAUCCCACUGUCAGCCAAGAGGGAUGAGUUCAUGACCUUUGAGUGCACCAAGGCCAUAGAGAGCUUCGCCAGCAAAGCCCGCGGCCUGGUCCCGGUCAAGUACGAGAUCAUCGUCAUCACGGGCGACGAGAAGGGCGCGGGCACCGACGCCAACGUCUUCAUCACCGUGCACGGCUCCAACGGAGACUCGGGCCGCCGGGCCCUGCGGCAGAAGUUCCGCAACCUGUUCGAGCGCGGGCGCACCGACCGCUUCCUGCUGGAGAUGCUGGACAUGGGCGACCUGCUGAGCGUCCACAUGGAGCACGACAAUGCCGGCAUCAACCCCGGCUGGCUGCUGGACCGCGUGGAGGUCACCAACACCGCCAACGGCGUCACCACCAUCUUCCCCUGUGGGAAGUGGUUGGACAAGAAGCGCGCAGACGGCCAGAUCAAAAGAGUCCUGUUUCCCAAGUACUGACGGAGCUCACCCAGCUUCUGGCCCAGUAAUUCACUUUUUACUGGAGUUGGGGAGGAGUGACUCCAAAUGAAACUCAUUCCAUUUCUUGAUUUUUGUUAUUUUAAGGCCAAGUUAUACAGAACAAUUUAAAAUCUAAAUUUCUGUUCUCCUUUGUUCACUUAUAAGAAGAUUUGUCUUACACAAGGAAUAGAUCAAAGCGUACCUGUGUAAAACUUGGCAAACUAAGCUGUAUGAGAGACUGCCUCUCUCUCCAAAUCCCAUCAGUGAUCCUGUUAUAUCCUGUGGGCAUGUGUAGGAGGGAGGCUCUAGAGAGGAUAUGUGAAGCCCUAUCGGGGCAAUCUAAGCAGCUCCUCAUGAAGCGCUUUGUCCACUACGAAGCAAAUUAUAAGAGUGAGGAGGAAUGCUGCACUCAAAGCUUCCAGCUCCCCUCUGUGUAUGUUUGCCAAACAAUCUUCAACACAAAACACUCUAGAGCUGGUAGAGUUUCCCCAUCGAUGCCAAGCAAAUGGCAUGUGAUUACUGACAAAACACCACCUCUCUUGUGUUUUAUCGACAUAUGGUGACUUCAGUGAAACACAGGCAUGGCUUUGAUGUUUUGGAACAGGAGACUGCCAAAGGAGCAAGCAUUAAACAGUCAGACAGAGAAAAAAGUGCAGACAGAAGGCAGAUGUUGUGCACAGUCUCCCCUUUGGGUUAAGCUGGUACCAAGUACCACAGAUUCUCUCUGCCUGGUACAAACCACAUAUAACUGACAUGACGUGGUACCUAUAAACCAUAACACCAUAAAAAGCAUAGUAGCUUGUUCACAUUUGCAUUAGAGGGUGUGCAUUGUAACAAUACUCCCUUCCCUUUCGAUUAUAUUUAGCAAAAAAUGAACUUAUUAUGGAAUCUGAUUUUCCUAGAUACCUCUAAUUCUUGGGAUAUCCCAAAAAUGUCAGGAGGUUCAGCUUGGGAAUUAUUCAAAUACAUGAAUUACAGAAUUACAGCAAAUGAUGUAAUCUCAGGUUUUCCAGACACUGCAAAGAGAUUACAUGGUUCAUGAAACAUUUGAAACCCUGGUUGUAUGCCCUUGUGCCACCAAUUUCUUUUUUUACAAAUAGUAAAUACAGCUAUUAUUUGAAGUGAUGCUGAUUUUAUUCAAUAGUUGUGGAUUUUAUACAAAAACAAAAAGUCAGUUGCAAGAUUGUUGUUACCCCUUAUACCUCAAUCACCUCUUCAACACUGGAAAUUAUAUAUGUAUCUCAGGCAUGUACGUAUGAAUUACAAAUUAAUAAUACAGGCAUACACAUGCAAAAAUAAUUAAAUGAUGACAUAGUAGCAUAAUAAAAUAGAAACAAGAGGGAAUAUAUUUAUGUAAUGUGUAUUGGUGUAAGGGCAUAAAAGAAGAAAUAUAAUGCAUUUUGUAUGUUUAUAGACAUCACUGUAUGCUUAUGUUUAUCAUGGGAGGAUUUUUCCAUCAGUCUGUGUGAGUGAUAAUUGGGGCCAAUCAGGCAUCACAAGCAAUCUCUCAGUUGCUGAUCUUAUGCCACCAAAAGUAAUUUAUUAUAUUUCUCUUUGCAUUAAUUAAGAAACUCAUAAAUAAUUAGAAUCUUACCUUUUCACUGCACUAAAGUUCCACUGCAAAUUUCUCACAUGCAAAUAAUUAGGUUACAAAUUACAACAAUUUCAGUGGCCUGUAUUGAUUAAUGUUAACCAUUCGAGGUGAUUCUUCUUAACAGUCCGAGAUCAUGUGGGUGUGUGUGCCUGUGUGUGUGCAUAUGGAAAUAUGGUAAAUAUAUGACCAAUGCGGUUUUUGCCAGUGUUUGAAAGAUGACUGAAUGCUUGUGUGACAAUGCCACAUGCUGUAACUAUAAACACAUGCUCAAAUAAUUCUAAUGGCAUAAUGAGUUUGAGUGUGUAAGCAGUGAGGAGUUUAAAUUCUAUUUUCUUCCUCAGGCCUAAAUGUUGAUGAGAUACCUAAUUAUUUACUAAAUACUAAAUACUUACUCAAAAUGCCAUUUCAACCCUAUGAAUACCAAUGAGAGUAAUAAUAAAGAAUUCAAGAAUUCAUGAA